CUGCUAGCCAGGGUUGAGAUUUCAGUAUCGCCAGUAGGUCAGCAUCAAGGACGCCACACGAAUAGUAAGAUAUCAAACUCCCCGGAUAUCGUUCAUCGAAUCAUCCCGAAUACCAAGUGGUCCACAUGACACCCCGUCAAGCAACCACCAUCCAGCAGCAUGGAGAAAUCCACACUCAUCCACAAGAGACAUAUGGCGAGGGAGAAGUAUUGCUGAGAAUUGGAAAUGGCGGUGCCGGCGCCACAGGCUUGAUACGAGCUCUGGCAGAAGACUAUUUGGCCUCUCUGGACCGACCAGGCUCCAUCCAGUGGAUCUGCAACCACUCGAGAAACACCCAGCUGGCCUUGUUUCACGGACACGUGGACCUUGCCCUCACUUACGAGCGCGAACAAGAGGAGAUCGCUGUUGCCGAGGGAUGGGCCCGGGGCGAGGGGGUGGUAUUCCACGACCAUUUCUGCUUAGCUGGCCCGCAAGAUGAUCCAGCACGCGUCAGUCAAGCGCCGUCAAUUGAGAAGGCCUUUGAAGCGAUUGCUGUCGCUCAAGCGACCUUCCACAAUCGAUCCGAUGGUUCAGCAACCAUGUGGAAAGAACGUGGGCUCUGGAACCAGUGCCAUCGCCAGCCAUGGGAGGAUGCCGAUGCAGCCUGGUACCAGAGCUUUUUGCAUACGCCAGCGGAAGCAGUAGCUGAAGCCAACAUCGCGGGCGCAUAUCUCCUCUCCGACCGAUCCACCUUUCUGACCAUGGCAUCUCAGGGCCGCGUCGAUAAUCUGAGAGUCUUCUUUGAGCCAGAUCAUCCGCAUGAUAUUUUGAUGAACUCCUGCUAUGCUUUAACCAGUCCGCAUGCAUCCAGCGAGGUUGCUCAGCGGGUUGCGUCUUUUCUCACGUAUCUGAAGUCUCCACGGGGCCAAGAGAUUGUUGGGCGAUAUGGAUGUGAUAAAGUUGGAUUGCCUUUGUUUGCUUCACUUAAUGAGGGAUAUGCUAGGGCAAAGUUGGCGGGGAAAUCUCACGAGGCUGAUUGGCACACGAAGAGCAGCACGAUGGAGAAGCUCUAGCCUGAUUGGAAUGCUACGGGGUACAUUGUCCUUGCUUAAAUUUAUAACCCAUG